AUGCACGCGCUCUACAACUCUAGCGCCGCACAGAAGGGUCCAGGCCCUAAAAAUAAUAAAUGUAAAAUAAAUUGGGAAAAAUAUUUAACUUAAGAGUUGAAUGAAAAUGGCGUAGAGAGUCAACGUGAAUGUUUUGAAGGGCUGUGAUAAGGAAACACUGGUUCUCUCAAUCAACAAGUGUGACUGGGUGAGGGGAACUCUUAUACAAGGGAUCCCAUUUGGAAAAAAACGCACACAAACUCAGUCACCACUUCAGCCCUUUUGGGUUGCUAUGGCAGCUGCUUCCACUGGUAAGGGAGGACAGACUACGUAUCGCCUGGAGAGGACACGGAACACUAAAGAAGCAACACUCAGCACUCUUUCCACAUCUUUCCAAUAACAGUACGGCAAAGGAAGGUCUUCGGUUGAUGGUUAAUCUGAAAGUACCCCAUGAGUGUUCUUUUUGUAUGGUCAGGCUUAUGGCCAGUAUCCCUCUGCAGAAGACCCAGUGCUGUUCCCUCUGGUAGAGGAUGUUCCAACAGCAAGACCACCUGAAGAGCCACCUGCAGACCCAUGACUCUAACAGGCAGGUGUUCCAGUGUGAGGAGUGUGGUAAGCAGUACAACACCCAGCUUGGAUAUAGACGUCACUUAGUGGCUGCCCACACCCCUGCUGCUUCCCUUCCAAGUGAGCUCCCCUGCCAAGAUGGGGCACCCUCUCUUCUAGAGCAGCUGGGGAGUCACAAUGACAGGCCUCCUCCAUUGGAGGGUGCCACAAACCCUGCUGUAGCAGUCCGAGAGAGGAAGUACUCUUGUGAGCGCUGUGACCGACGUUUCUACACCCGCAAAGAUGUGCGGCGCCAUGCUGUUGUUCACACUGGACGCCGCGACUUCCUCUGCCCACGUUGUGCCCAGCGCUUUGGCCGUCGAGACCACCUAACCCGCCACCUGAAGAAGAGCCACAGCCAGGAGGCAGCCCCUACACCCUCGGGCACACCCACUACUCCCACAGCUCCUCCUACUCCCAUAACCCCAUGUCCGGUCAAGGAGGAGCCUAGUCCUGUGGCAUGUGACAUGGGUCCUGCCUCCAAGGAACCCCCAGAAGCCUUCUCUAUGGACAUGUACAACUCCUACUCCAUGCCCAACAUGGCCAACCCUGGAAUGGGCCAUCAUCACUCCCUAAUGCAGGGCUCCCUUUCCACAGCCAUUGGCGUGGGUCGUCACAUGCCUCCUCCAUCCCCUCACCCUCACCACCACCUCCAACCCCAGCAGCAGCACCAGCAGGCCUAUGGUCAUAUGCCCAGGUACCAGCAUGGAUCUACCUCAUACCCUCGAAGUGACAUGGAGAGCUUCCUCAUGGACCUGCAGAGUGGAUUGCCCCCACACCUUACAGCUGCCCCUUCUUCCACUUCCUCCUCUGCCUCUCCCCAGAGGGACGUUCUUUCUGAGGCCCAGGGUGGACCUGGGGACCCCCACCUCCUGUCUAGGAGCCCUGCUCUUUCCACAGCCGAGCUCUCCUGUGCUGCUAACAUGGACCUGGGUCCUCUGCUGGGAUUCCUGCCCCUUGGUUUACCACCCUACAGUGCCCAUAUGAGUAUGGGAGGGCUUGUGAUGGGCUAUCCUUCUACCUCCACCUCUGCUGCCUCCUCUUCAGCGUCUACCCCGCCCCUGUCCUCUCAGACCCCAGGGCCCUUUACCAUCCUGCAGCCUCCACAAGCCCAGGUAUCCCAAGGCCCUGGACCCCACCACAACCAGCUACCUCAGGGGUUCAGCAGCCCUGCUAUGAGCACUUCCAACUCCCUACCUCGCUAUUACCAGGCCUUCCAACAGUGACAAACUUGAUCCAGGACACAUACUAAACCAUCAUGAAGAACAGCAUAGGAAAAGAGUCUUUCUGCAAUGACUUGAAUAUAUGAGUGACAAGUAUUGACUUCCAAUGUGCUGAAGUUUAUUUUGAAAUGGGCAAAAAAAUGGGAAUUGUACUUUGCAUGAGCCUUCUUGCUAAUUUAGCUUGUUUUGCUAAUGUUGCUAAUCAUAGCCAGUUUGCUUCUUUUUCAUACCUUUUUUUUUUUUUUUUUUUUA